UUCUUUAAAUGUAGCGACCGGAGAAAACAAAGUCAAACCUUUCGUUAUUGCUCGGUUUCUUUAUUUUAAAAAGAGGAGGAAGAAGAAAAGAAUAUAUUCUCGACAUUUUCUGGAGACCGGGAACAUUAUGAAAACUGUUAAGGACGAUGGAAAGGUGAGGGCGCCGUCAGUGAAUCGUUUUACUAAAGAGGCGCCUCCCUCUGGGAUGUCCAAGAAUGGAUACUUCUUUCAAGAAAUGGAGCAGCGGGAGGUGGAGCAGGAGGAGGGCAGCGAGGGCCGAGAGGAGGGACAAGAUUCGCCGAUCGCCUGCGGAGAUGACAUCCACCUCUAUGACAACCAGAUCAGCCCUGGGCCAGAGACUGACGAUUCUGGCUGUGUGUUACUCAAUACAUCAAGAAGGUAUGUGAAGCUGAUGAAUUUUGAGGAGGAGGUUCGGGCACACCGUGACCUGGAUGGCUUCCUGGCGAGGGCCAGCAUCUUGCUGGAUGAGACAGCCGCGUCCCUGGAUGAUGUUCUGAAGAGAAUGUUGCACCAUGUGGGCCAGGACAGCCAUGCUUUAGAGCCCGGGUGCAACUUCGAGGAGGUGAUGAGCAUGCUUUUCACAGAUGCAGGAGCACAGGAGGUCAACGACAAGUCUCAAAGUUUCGUUUUCUUUGAUGACGUUCACCUGCUUUCAGAGACGAUCCAGGGAGUUACAGCAACCGCCACAGGGGUCCAGUACCAGCAGUCCUGGCUUUGCAUCCUCUGCAACGUGAAGCAUCUCCAGAAACGUCAUGUGUGCAUCUCCCGCCUGGAGAGGCCACAAAACUGGGGGGAGAACUGCUGCGAGGUCCGCUAUGUCAUCCUGAUACUGGCCCCUCUCAAAAUGAAAAGUACCAAGACUGCGAUGGAGCUGGGUCGCACAUUCGCCACCCUCUUCUCCGACAUCUCCUUCAGGCAGAAGCUCCUGGAGACAAAGACACAGGAGGAGUUUAAGGAAGCGUUGGUGUUCCAGAGGCACCAGCUCACGGCAGCCAACCAGAAGCCAACGGCUCUGGGGAAGGAGGAGACUGACCCUCGCAGUCAUAAACCCCUCAAGUGUAAAGAUUUCUUCAAAGCUGGCCGGGGAAUUUAUGAGGACUUUUGCCGCAGGCUGCCUUUCUACCCCUCUGACUUCACAGAUGGUAUAGUUGGCAGUAAUAAAACCCUGCUGAAGUACAUGACCACAGCCAUCUUCCUCUACAUUGCCAUCCUCCUCCCUGCCAUUGCUUUCGGCUCCCUCAAUGAUGAGAGCACACGUGGCGAGAUCGAUGUUCGGAAGACCAUCAUUGGCCAGAGUAUCGGUGGGGUCAUCUACUCGUUGUUUGCCGGCUCUCCUCUAGUCAUCCCUCUAACCACAGCUCCCCUCGCCAUUUUCAUCAGCGUGAUCCGAGGAAUCUGUGACGACUACAACCUGGAUUUCCCAGCUUUCUACGCCUGCAUUGGGUUGUGGAACUGCCUCUUUCUCAUCCUGGGAGGAAUCUUCAAUGUCAGUCUGCUCAUGAAGCUCUUCAAAAGGUCAACAGAGGAGGUCAUUGCCCUGUUCAUUUCCAUUGCUUUUGUGGUUGAUGCUGUGAAAGGCACAGUCAAAAUCUUUCAUAGGUACUACCACGCUCCAACACUGGCCAACAGAAGCAUAGGGGACUUUCCUCAAGGUGGAGACCUGCUGGGGGGAAACAGGAGUGAGGUGGUCGCGGGGUUUGCACUUACUGAAUCCUUCAUCCAGUGCAGUCGAGAGAGACCUGUCCUCUGCCUCCUGCUGAUGCUCGGGACAUUAUGGAUGGGCUAUACUCUCUACCAGUUCAAAAGGAGUCCGUUCCUGCAUGCCAAAGUGAGGGAGGUGCUGUCGGACUGUGCCCUGCCAAUCUCAGUGCUCAUGUUCUCCUUCAUCGGCUCCUACAUUUUCAGUGACAUUGAACUUCCAGUGUUUAAAGUUCAUAACCGGCCCAUCUUCAACGUGGCACCAUUUGAGCGGCUGUCGCCCAUGAACGUUGUCAGCGCCAUGGGACUCGGCUUUCUCCUGGCCCUCCUUAUCUUCAUCGAUCAGAACAUUGUCGUUUCACUGACGAACGCACCAGAAAACAGAUUGCUGAAGGGUACUGCAUAUCACUGGGACCUAAUGCUCUCUGGGCUCAUUAACAUCCUAAUGUCAGUGCUGGGGUUGCCCUGGAUGCAUGCCGCCUUCCCCCACUCCACCCUCCAUGUGCGCCAGCUGGCUUUUGUGGAGCAGCGCGUUGAGGGGGGGCACCUCUACGAGACUAUCGUCCAGGUUAAGGAGACCCGUCUGACGUCUCUGGCUGCCAACAUCUUCAUUGGCAUAUCAGUGUUGCUGUUGCCUCUCCCGCUGCAGUGGAUACCCAAACCUGUCCUCUAUGGCCUCUUCCUCUACAUCGCCCUCACCUCCAUCGACGGAAACCAGAUGUGCGACCGAAUGGCUCUCCUUCUGAAGGAGCAGACGUCUUACCCACCUACCCACUACAUCCGCAAAGUGCCCCAGAGGAAGAUCCACUACUUCACCUUCCUGCAGAUGAUGCAGCUGCUGGUGCUGUGUACGUUUGGCAUGUACCCGAUACCGUACAUGAAAAUGAUCUUCCCUCUGGUCAUGAUCCUCCUAAUCCCAAUCAGGAACAACGUGCUCCCUCAUAUCAUUGAGGCCAAAUACUUGGACAUAAUGGAUGCCCAACACAUGUAGCUACAGAUGGAAUAAGCUCUGGAUCCACAUAAAGACAUCUGGAAUUUAAACAAAAAAAAACAAAAAAAAAGAAAGAAAAUUAACAAAAACAUAUUUUUCAAUGCAAAACUGUAUGGAAAGCAAAAAGGAAAUAUAUAUCGACUGUUUUGAUUUUUGUAUCCGAUAAGAACAUUCUUUUAGGUGAAACACUGGAAAAGUGGCAAGUCAUGUGAAGAGGGACGAGAGUCGUGGGAAAUAUUUUCCAAACAUUAAACGGACAGCAUCUCUCUGAAGGGGAAAUUCUACCGAAAAAAAGGAAGGAGAAAAAAAUGAAACAUAAAACAGGACCGUCCAGAACUCCCUGUUUCACUUCUGUUUGACCCUGUCAGAUUGUUCAGUGCCAUAUACCUCCAUCUUCUCCAUUCACACCUUUUACUUUUCUAUGGUAACACUUUACAAUAUCCUACUGCAGUGUGUACAUCUGUGUUUUAACCUGUGGGCAACUGCUUCAAGUAUUCACUAAUACUGCUCAAGUAAUAAAACUGCUGCCAGUGGAAAUUGCGUAUUAAUUAGAAAGGUGUAAUGUCAGUAUGAACAUUAUCUAUUUUUGACACUUUGCACUCACAUUGUGUUUUUACACUGCCAUACAGGGAGGUUUGCCAUCUGUACACUGUGUUAAGUAUUGAAAAUCUUUUCCAUGGGCCACUUACAUGGCAGUAAUACUGUGUUUAGGCCACUGUAAAGAAAAUCUUUACCUUAAUCAUUGUGCAGUGUUAAAACCUUCACAUUCCUACACCUUUUAGCUGUGAUCCUCCCUUUUAUCUAUGUAGGACACGUGCGUCCUUCAUGUUUUGAUUCUAAGUCAUUCCAAAAACGUUAGUAUUCAUUAAGGUGUGUGUGCGUGUGUGUCUGUGUGUGCGUGUGUGUGCCAUCAUCUAGCUUUCUGCCGGGUCUUAGAAAACCGAAUUUUUAAGGUGGAAUUUAAGUGCUCAGAUGAAUUUUUAAAAAUACAUUCCACGGGUAUAUAUUAUGUGUAAUUAUUUAGAAAGACAGCACAAACCAAAUCAUAUAGUAAAGUCUUUAUGAAAUUAUGAAUAUAUUAGAAUAUAUUAUGGCAGUAUAUAAAACUUAUUAUUGUUCAAAUCUAGGAUUAUUUAUUUAUCAUGAUGACCGUUUGUCUUUCAAGUGGAGAAUGAUCAUUUUGUGUGUUUACCCUGACCUGUACUUCUCUUUUUGCUCUUUUUCAUCCCACAGAUACCAAAUGUUGUAUUCCGAGUGUGUCUCACAUAUAACUCUCCCACAGUUUACAUAUCAAAGUCCCUUCCAGUUCCAUGUCACAGUUCUGGUGCAUUGCUAGUAAAGUCAGGUUAAAAAAAACAAAACAAAGCAUCUGAGAGCUUUGGACUGAACAAAAUGCAUUUUUUUUCCUGUGAUCAAGUGUUCAAAAAUGAGUUUUAGAAUAACCCAGUCUUGUUUUCUAUUUAGAUGUUAUGAUUAGAUCAGUGCUUGCAGAUGUUGUCAUGUAAUAAUCCAGGUGUCUGGAGAGAUUAAUCUUGUUAUCUACAGCUCAAAAAGAAAAAAAAAGAUUCUAAGCACUGGUUUGCUUAAAGCAUGUCACCUGGGUUUUUAAUACAAUGUGAUGCCAAUGGACAUGUAUCCUACAUGAGAAAAAAAAGUAGCAAGUCAAACAGUAACUUCUCAUUAAAACGAAUGCAAUGCUCAAUAUUUAGCAAUACUGUGUAUAAAGCAGAACUUCACCGGUGAUAUUGGGGUGAACCAGCAAAGGCGGACCCAUCACUGAAGCAAUGACAGGCCAGCUGUAUUUUUACAACAGCACCUUUUCAGUCCAUCCUCAUGGUACAAACGCUGCUCUGCGCUGAUUUGAUUACGUUACACAUCAAGAGGAAAAAAUAAAUAAAUAAAUAUAUAUAUACAUAUAUUUGCCUGUCAAAGAGGCAUCCACAGUGGCAGAUUUUUAUUAUGGUUUUGUUGCUUUCCCAAUAUCCAAAUGGCAGCUCCCACACUUCUGUUCAACUUUGUCUUACAGAUGUGAGAAAGAUGUCCAAUUUAAGCAGAUGGAUGUCUCAUGCUGAGAUAGCAAGGCAUAAAAGCCUGCAAGCAUUUGCAUAAUCCUUGGACUAAGCCUUAAGACAGCACUGGUGAAAGCAGGAUGAGAUUGUGAGGUAUGAAGGAAUAUGUACAGUUUGCAAUGCAAAGUUUAGUUUUUAUUAACUAUCCAUUAUAAUCCAACGCAAGGUAUUAGUUUCUAACUUUGGACUGAGAUUUACUGAUUCUUCUUCUUAUGUGACAGUACUGUUGUUGUUCCUUGAUAUCCUCACUGUACUGAUCAUUUUGGAAUAGCAGCAAACUUCUCUCAGAGGACUUGAUAUUGGAUUUGGGAUGAAAGAUACUACUCCGUUUGUGAAACCUUGACUUCCCCUUCCUCCUAAAUGGAUUUGUUUGAAAUUGCGUACUGUGAUGUUUUGUUUAGGUUAACCCCCCCUCUUUUCUGAUUUCAUAUAGCCUACUUUUUCUAAUCAUGAAUGUAUGAUGUGUGGAUUUUUAUAUAGCAUACUAAUUUAGGUGUCAAACAGAAUCUGUAAUUUUGUCAAAAAGAUCAGCUAUAUUUGUAAGCUGUAAGAUGUAAAAUGAGAAAAAAUGGUUAUCAAAACAGAAUGUGUUGGUUUACUAUAGUGUGUGUGUAUGUAUAUAUAUAUAUAUAUAUACACACUCUACACUGAAAAAGAGAGAUUAUCUCAAGCUGUUUGCCAAAUAAAAAGUAGUAGUGAUGUAAAUAA